UAUUCAUUUAGUCAACAUCGCUCAACGCCCAUUUCCAUUGGGACAUUUCGUACUGGCUCGCUAAACUAUGUCACAGAAUGGAGAAGACUUUACUUUAGAGAACUAUGGAGCUACAAAAUUGCCGGAGGGAAUCAGCAGUUAUUCCGAAGCCACAAGUGGAAGAGAAAACGACAUAGCUAUAAACUUGACGGGCCCUAUUUCAGAGAAUUACAAAGCAAGUGUACCGGGUGUUUCUGAAGGGACUCCUUUCGAAGAAAUUAGAGAAGAAGGUCCAAAGGGAAGCAGAGAGUCUGGUUUUUCAAAGCCAAAUACGUUACGUCACACAGAGUUCCUUCAAGAGACAGGGGCUUGGAGAGAUAGCUCGGAAAACUUUCAACUUUUUACAACGCCUUUUGAACCCAAUCAAGAACUGGGAGUUCGAGAUCGUUUGACACUUAUUUGGGGUUCAGCUAAGCCCUGGAAAGAUUUUCUUGAUAUUAGGAGUUUCUCAAUUCCGCCCAUGGACUCUUGGUCCACCAGAGUAGCCACCAAUCUCCAGUCAUACUUGUAUAAUUAUGUCAUAUGUGUGACCUUCUUUUGCCUUUUCCUUUUGCUUUUUCAUCCUUUGGGUAUUUUAUCUCUUUUUCUUGAGACUUUAUUAGUCGUAGCUCUCUUCUUAGUAUACCCUGGUCAUACUGAAACUGGUUUGUUAGGCGUUGUUUCACCAACCAUUAAAGUAAUCGUAGCAAGUGCAAUGGCGUUGAUUUUCUUAUUAUUCUUUGGACUGGGUAUUGUUGUUCUUGACUUGCUGAUCGUAGCUGCUCUCGUUUUAGUACCGCACAUGCUAUUAUUCAAUGGCUUAACCAGUUAACAGAAAGGAGUAGUUCAGAUACUUU